AUGACAGUAAUCAGACAAGACUCAACGGUAAAACUGGCCCGCCAUCUUCAGGUAUGUGUAUUUCUCGAACUGCGUGGCACCUUUCUAAAAAUAAUUAACUACGAUAUGGUUGUGCGAGGAAGUCAAUGUGACCAGAACGAUGAUGAAUUUAAACUGGAGUCUGAUACAGAACGUGAAGAAACUGUUGAACAAGAACUUCUUACUUGCUGCUAUUGUCAAGCUCCUUUGGUGCCAGUUCCCUUGAAUUCUGAUGAAAAAACGGGUGAUCAGCGCUUUUUCUGGGCCUGUCGGAAUAUGAAAAAGAAGACUUGCUAUUUCCCUAUGGGCAUGCCGAAUCAGGUAUUUUGGCUCACCCGGACAAAGGAGGAGCGGCAAGCUGGGUUUUUCCCGAGACCGGCUGUUCGUUUGCUUCCGCGGGCAUACAGGUGUUUCUACCCGACCGUGUUUCGUGAAGAUGCUUCAAGUAAAUCACCAUCAACAUGUUGUUUGUCAUCUAUGUCAUCUACUCAUAACGAGUCUUUUUCUUGUGCAACUUUGACUCAUUCACCUAGCACAUCGACUUCUUCGCUAUCGACUGAUACUUCUGCUGUUGACCACUUACUAAACUUGGAUUCAGAUCAGAAUUGUGCUAGAACUUCGAUAUGGGGAAGUUCAAUGGCUAAUUCGAAAGGAACAAGAACGACGUCGUCUGCCCCUAGUGGACAGUUGGACAGUGAUAUGAAUGUAGACGGUGCCUGUGCUUCCGCGGAAAAAUGUUCCAGUACAUGCUCUUCGAACGAAAGUGCUGAUUUUGCACUAGCUGAUAUUAUUUGUGAACAGCUUCACAACAUGGGAGUGGAUCCAUUAUUGACAGGGGACGAUGAACUUGUAAAGCAGAUGUCAAGCGCUGUAAGAAAACUGAAGAAAAUUGGUGGCGUUCACCGAUUGCGUAUGCUAACCCCGACGCAGUACCGUGCUUCUGUUGACCACCUCUUCAAUCUUGAUGUUGCUCCUAUCAAGCGAAAGCUGAAGGUAACUUCGACGGAAUUAACGCGCGCAGUCGCGGUGAUGCGGUCACAGUGCGACGUAGACACUAUGCUGGAUGCAAUGGGAGGAAAUAGCUUACCAGAAGAACCUACUGCAAAGCGAUUAAAGUCAAUUGACGUGAAGGCAGAACUAAGGAGGCGAGUCGAGGACCUGUUGGAGAAAUUGGCGGAAGAACGUCAUGCAGUUUGCAAUGGAGACACCCGAAAUGAGGAUAAUGCACCAGCAGACGGUAAUGCUUCCCCUGAGCGGGGUCCAGGCGGAGAAAAAGAAUGGUUUGAUGGAGAGGAUGGCCCUUCCACUUCAACAGAGGCGCAAACUUCAGCAAGUGCUCUUGCUUCUUCGGCUGAAGAGGAGCGCCUUAAUGCGAUCGUUCAAAGCAAGAUCCGUUCGCACAUUGCAAACUCAGCGGCAAGGAGGCAUGCACACCGCAGCAGGAAACAAAAGGAAUUAGCGCGACAAAUCCCGCAGACGUCACAUAAUCUAGUCAGACGGCAAAUUGAGUGUGUUUCUUCGCACCCUUCACAGGCAGAUGUGACCACUCGAUCACAAUGCUUCGUCAGUAGCAACGACCCCCUGUCUUUCGAUUUCCCUUACAUGGAAGAUAGCUUUGCUGAAGAUUCCUCGCUGAGUUUCAUCCGUGAAGGUUCAACUGAAUCACAACAGCAAGUUGUGGUCAGCGAUCAACAGCAGAUCUCUGAUAACGCUCAUUCAAUUCAUAGUGUACACAAUAGUCCUCGCUCGCCUACAUCUUUGAAUGAUCACUUGGAUCUUAGCCUUUUUGGUGAUUACGAGUUUCUGUGUUGA